UACAAAACCCGUACCACCUUUCCGUCUUUUUUCUUCAACUUUUUCUUUCUUCUUACUUCUUAGCACUUCUUUUACCCUCUCGGCUUCACUAGGCAGUUAUUUUCAUUUUCAAUUUUCAAUUUUCAAUUUUCAAUUUGUCCCCUCUUAUUAUUUGAUCUUCAAACUCCUAUCAAUUCAAUUCAACGAUGUCGUAAACUUGUAAUAAUGCAAAGGGUUUGUGGGAUUAUGAUGUUAGCGUUGGUUUUACUAAAUUUCUACCCUUUUCUUGUAAUUCAUAAUUAUGAUUUUGGUUAUGUGAGGGGAAUUGGAAUUGGGUUUGGAGAAGCAGUUCAAAUCCUUUCGAAAUCGAAACUCGAAAAAUGUGAGAAGACUUCUGCAGAUAACAAUGGCAACCUUAACUGUACUCGCAAGAUUAUCAUCAACAUGGCUGUUCCUAGCGACUCUAGUGGAGGAGAAGCCUCCAUGGUGGCAGAAGUUGCAGAGGUGGAGGAAAAUUCUACAAACAAGAUGCAGACUUUGCGACUACCUCCAGUGAUUACUGUCAACAAAUCUGCUGUUUACGCGGUGUUUGAUCUCACUUAUAUACGAGAUGUUCCCUAUAGACCCCAAGAAUAUUAUGUCCAGACGCGUAAGUGUGAGCCGGAUGCUGAUGCACGUGUUGUGAAGAUAUGUGAGAGGUUGAAGGAUGAACAAGGUCACAUCAUUGAAGCCUCUCAGCCAGUCUGCUGUCCUUGUGGUGAUAGGCGACGAGUACCUUCUACAUGUGGAAACUUUUUUGACAAGCUGGUAAAGGGGAAAGCCAAUACUGCUCAUUGUCUACGAUUUCCUGGAGAUUGGUUCCAUGUAUUUGGCAUUGGACAAAGAACUGUCGGAUUUAGUGUUCGAAUUGAAGUCAAGACUGGAUCUAAAGUAUCAGAAGUGAUUGUUGAUCCUGGAAACAGAACAGUCGUAUCCAAUAACAAUUUCCUUAAAGUGAACCUUGUUGGGGAUUUUGGUGGUUACACUAAUAUUCCUUCAUUUGAAGACUUCUACCUAGUGAUACCGAGGCAGCAUGGACCAGGCCAGCCUCCAGAUUUAGGAAGAAAUUAUUCUAUGUAUAUGCUACUUGAGAGAGUGAGAUUCACAUUGGACGGCCUUGAAUGCAACAAAAUCGGUGUAAGUUAUGAGGCUUUUAAUGGUCAGCCAGAUUUCUGCACCUCCCCAUACUGGAGUUGUCUGCACAACCAGCUGUGGAAUUUUCAUGAAGCUGACCAGAAUCGAAUUGCUCGAAAUCAACCACCUUUAUAUGGCGUUGUAGGAAGGUUUGAAAGAAUAAACGAGCAUCCAGGUGCAGGGCCGCGUUCUUUUUCCUUUGGGAUUUCUGAAGCUCUUAACACUAAUCUUCUGAUAGAAUUAGCGGCUGAUGACAUUGAUUAUGUUUAUCAGAGGAGCCCUGGAAAGAUUUUAGGGGUAACUUCCCCUACAUUUGAAACACUUGCUCAGUUUGGGACUGCAGUUAUCAAAAUAAAGAACACUGGUGAAGUGGAAGCAUCAUACAGCUUGACAUUUCAAUGCUCAAAAGGUGUGACAAUGAUGGAGGAACAAUUUUUAAUCAUGAAGCCUGAAGAAGUUGUUACUCGAUCUUUCAAAAUUUAUCCAACUACAGAUCAAGCUGCAAAAUAUGCAUGUUUUGCAAUUUUAAAAGAUUCGGAAUUUAAUGAAGUUGACAGAGCCGAGUGCCAGUUCACCACCACAGCCACAGUACUCGACAAUGGAACACAGGGAAUUCCCUUUCAGCCGCCGAAGUCAGAUACAGCAACAUUUUUUGAAACUAUCAAAGACAUAUGGAACAAGUUGUGGUCUGGUUUAUCAGAUUUCAUCACAGGAAAGACUUGCAGAAGCAAGUGUUCAGGGUUAUUUGACUUCCAGUGUCACAUUCAAUAUGUGUGCAUGAGCUGGGUUGUCAUGUUCGGCCUAUUUCUGUCCAUCUUUCCUACAGUUAUGGUGGUACUGUGGCUUUUACAUCAAAAAGGACUGUUUGAUCCUCUUUACGACUGGUGGGAAGAUCAUUGUUGGGAAGGUACACCAAGGCACAAAAACACCUUGAGGCAUAAAAUUCAGCAUGAUCAACAUCUAAUUCAUCACAAGAAACAUAAACCUCAACAUCAUCACCGAGUUGUCCAUCAUCACAACAUGCAUGAUAGGCACCGGAAGAAGAAGAAUAUUGAACAAGAUCAUCACCACCAUGCAGCACAUCGGUCAGACUAUCAUAACCAGCAUUUGCACCAUGUCCAUAAGGACAAACAUAAACAUUACAAAUAUCAAAGUAGCGCCGGUGUAAUUCAGCAGUUGCAGUCGGAAAGCAAACAGGGGGAUGAUGUGAUUCAGCAUUAUCAUAGGCAUAGGAAAGAGAGGAGAGACGUAAAAAGGACAUCCGAGUUUCAGAUUUAUGAUAAGGAAGAUGUACAUGAGCAACACCAGGAUGAACAUCAUUUGUUUGAUGAGAAAUAACAUAUACUGUAUCUAGAAGAGAACUGAUGCAUUAAAGGAUUGUGAAGAAUCUGAUGAUUUUACAUCAACAAUUCAAUUCUUCCCUCUGUAAGACAGGAGUCUUAAUAGCUUCUUGUAGUCAGUAGCUAGUCUUUGUUGGGUUGUAUAAAUUUGUGUGAAUGUAAAGGUUAUAUAUACAACCCAUUGAAAACUUCAUUAGAACGUAGAAGAUACGUGUACUAUACUUAAGAUUUAGAUUGAA